GGAGCGAGGAACGGAGGACACGGAUGAUGUUGGAGUUUGCCAAGCUGGCAAACAUGUGGGUGGGCAAUGGCAGGGCAUGCGACCGAGGACGUGGGUCGAGCUUGCUGAUUGUGACGCUCAUGACAAGCGUGUUUAUCCCCGUCUUGUAAAUAGAAGCCCAUCUUUCUACACUUUUGCUUCACUCUUCGAUCUGUUCAAGAGAUAGCGUCGGCCUACCACUCGGCUGCCUGUCCUCACCAACAAACUCCAAACAACAUGGCCAAAGUUCCCCGCAACUUCCGUCUGCUAGAAGAGCUCGAGAAGGGCGAGAAGGGCCUCGGUGCUGAGGCAUGUUCUUACGGUCUCGAUGACGGCGACGAUCUUCUCAUGACCAACUGGAACGGCACCAUCCUUGGACCUCCUCACAGUGUGCACGAGAACCGUAUUUACAGUCUGAAGAUCCGCUGCGGCGAGAACUACCCCGACACCCCUCCCGAGGUUACCUUCAUCUCCAAGGUCAACCUGCCCUGCGUCGACCAGAGAAACGGCAAGGUCGAUCUCUCCAAGCUCCCCAGCCUGAGCCAAUGGAAGCGUGACUUUACCAUGGAGACCAUCCUGAUUGAAAUUAGAAGAUUUAUGGCUGCCCCUGCACACAAGAAGCUGCCCCAGCCCCCGGAGGGCACAAACUUCUAGAUGACUAUCCCCCAUUUCUUGUUCCACAGCUCCUUACGAAAUGAAGAACUCGUCGCUUAACCGUACCCAAGCGACGACAUGACGCUCAACAUGACCCACUCUUCUGUCCCAUACUUUCACUGGCAUAGCAUUGGCGCCCGGCGCAUCGAGAGAAAGAGA